UCAAUAUUGUACUUCGAAACUGAUUUUGUGGCACAAGAGAAGUAUUUGCUUAUUUCGGUCAUGUUCUCGCGAGGUGUUUGGUUGUUUUCCUCCCGAUUCAAUCAAUUUCAUGCAAAUAUUGGUCUAUUGGUGCCAAUAUUGCAUCAGCCAUUUGAUAGACGUGAUCCCGAUUACUUCCGGUUCAGCAAGCCCAGGAGAACAAUUCAAACCUCGGCACCAGCAGAGGCAAAAUCUAAAGGAGAUGGUAAGCCUAAAGGAGAAGCUAAGCAGAAGGGAGAGGCCAAGCCAAAAGCGGAGGUCAAGACUACUCUGAAGGAGCUCAACCCCUGGCCUGUGUACAUCCAAGAUCGUAUUGCUCUAUGGGAUAAGCUGAAAGCCGAAGCUGAUGCAGCCAUUGCAGCAAAGGUGCCCACUCCGAUUCAAAUCACUCUACCAGAUGGAAAGAUUGUAGAGGGGAAUUCCUGGCGCACAUCACCAUUUGAUAUUGCCAGUGGCAUAAGUGCUGGACUAGCAGAAAACACAGUGAUUGCCAAAGUCAAUGGCAAGCUAUGGGACCUUGACAGACCUUUAGAGGAAAGUUGUUCUUUGCAACUUCUUAAGUUUGAUGAUGAAGAUGCACAGAAAGUCUUUUGGCACUCCACUGCCCAUAUUUUGGGAGAAGCCUUGGAGAGGUGUUAUGGAGGCUGUUUGUGUUAUGGUCCUCCUAUUGAAAAUGGAUUCUACUAUGACAUGUUCAUCCAAGACCAACAAGUGUCCAACUUUGACUUCCCGGUUCUUGAGAAUGUCAUGAAAGCCGCCAUUAAAGAAAAACAGCCCUUUGAGCGCCUUGAAAUGAAAAAAGAAGAUUUGUUAGAGAUGUUUAAAUAUAACGAAUUCAAAGUUCGCAUUCUGAACGAAAAGGUUGACACUCCUACCACUACUGCCUACCGGUGUGGUCCGUUGAUAGAUUUGUGUCUUGGGCCUCAUGUAAGACACACAGGGAAAAUAAAGGCUUUCCAAAUUACCAAAAACAGUUCCACGUAUUGGGAAGGCAAAGCAGAUGCCGAAUCUCUUCAGAGAGUUUACGGUAUUUCAUUUCCGGAUAAUAAACAGCUGAAAGAGUGGCAAAGAAUUCAAGAAGAGGCAGCUAAGAGGGAUCACAGGAAACUGGGACGAGAGUACGAACUCUUUUUCUUUCACGAACUCAGUCCCGGAGCCUGCUUCUUUACUCCACACGGCGCACAUAUUUAUAAUACGCUCGUCGAUUUCCUCCGAAAUGAGUACCGACAACGCGGGUUUCAAGAAGUCAUAACUCCAAAUGUCUACAAUUCCAAAUUGUGGCUUACGUCUGGCCAUUGGCAGCAUUAUUCGGAGAAUAUGUUUUCCUUUGAAGUGGAAAAAGAAACUUACGCAAUGAAACCAAUGAAUUGCCCCGGUCAUUGUUUGUUGUUUGAUCACCGAGUUCGCUCUUGGCGCGAACUCCCGUUGCGUUUAGCCGACUUUGGAGUACUCCAUCGAAAUGAGUUAUCGGGAGCUCUCUCCGGUCUUACUCGAGUACGGCGUUUCCAGCAGGAUGACGCCCAUAUCUUCUGCACUAUGGGUCAAAUCAAGAACGAGAUCAAUGGCGCCUUAGCUUUCCUGCGGGACGUGUAUCAGAUUUUUGGAUUUACUUUCCAGCUUCGCCUUUCUACACGACCUGAAAAGUAUUUGGGAGAAAUCGAAACCUGGAAUCACGCUGAAAAGGAGCUAACUGAAAGCUUGAACGAAUUUGGAGAGGCUUGGCAAUUAAAUCCUGGUGAUGGCGCAUUUUAUGGUCCUAAAAUUGAUAUCACUAUCAUGGACGCACUGCGCCGGCCGCAUCAAUGCGCAACUAUUCAGUUGGAUUUCCAGCUACCGAUCCGUUUCAAUUUAAGUUUUAUUAACGAAUCGGGCGAGAAGGAGAAACCUGUCAUCAUUCAUCGUGCUAUUCUGGGCUCUGUGGAGCGCAUGAUUGCCAUCUUAACCGAAAGCUAUGCUGGAAAGUGGCCGUUUUGGCUGAGUCCGCGACAAUGCGUCGUGGUUCCGGUUGGUCCCAUGUUUGAUGGCUACGCUCAGCAGGUAAGGGAACAAAUAGCAGCUGCGGGAUUCCGUAUAACGGCAGAUAUUGAUGCAGGAGAUACGAUGAAUAAAAAAAUCAGAAAUGGUCAGUUAAGCCAGCACAACUUUAUCCUUGUAGUGGGAGAAAAGGAACAGACUAAUGGCACGGUUAAUAUUCGCACUCGUGAUAAUAAAGUUCACGGAGAACAUUCUGUUGCCAAGGUUAUAGAACGUUUCACUCAGUUAUCAAAAGAAAGAAUUUUGAAUAGCGAAGAUUCGUUUUGAUAAAUCAAAACGAAGGAGUGAACAGAAUCCUAAAAAUCCAGUGCUGUGGGUGCAUGUCUUUCCUUCCCUUUUUGUUAUUAUUUGAAUUAUGAAUUUCAAAAUUCUGUUGAUCUGGAAUUGAUUGACAAUUCAGGUUGAAACUCUUUUGUUUUUGAAUCAUGGGAAUGUUGGAAAUACAAUGUCAUGCCCUUGGAA